AUGCCGAUAUUGUCUCUAGUACUGAACUUUACGGGAGGGAGAGAACCGAAUGAGGAGAAUGAGGAGGUGCCACGUCGGAUGGAGAGAAUGCAUAUACCAUACAUACGUAACCCUCCAGAUCAGCCAAAUGUGCUCAUCCAACCGAAUGCUCUUCCGGACAUUAGUCGCCUUUUCCUUCAACCUUCGAAUCAGGAAGAGUUUCGUACUCGUGCGCCAAUAGAUUAUAAGUUUGGAGAGAGACCGUUUGCAGCCCUCGAGGCAUCAAAGAAGGCUGGAGAGAGAAAUCAGAGAGAUGAGAAACAGGUGAGAUGAAAACGGUAACGCAAAAAACGAAUGGGUUCACAGAACACGACGGCUGUGGAUGGAUCUGCUAAAAAGAAGAAGAAGGAGAAUGAGAAGAAGGGAAAAAUUGCAAGACCUGCCGUGAGAUCGUCUUCUCGUCUGCGAAACAAAUCAUCUUCCGCACUUCUCACGGCAAGCAAGUCGAGAACAAAGAGGAACAUAGCUCAGAAAAAGAGCACUUCUUGUCCACAAGAAUCGGUCACUCAACUCCGUCGCAGUGCUCGGUUGGCAAGCAAGAAACCGGUGCUGACAAGUGCAGCUUUCGGAACAAAAGAGACUUCAAAGAAUGUUCUCGCCUCGACUCCCGCUUGCGAAUAA